CAUCCCCAUGUUGAAAUGAACUUCUUUUUCAUUGUAUAUAACCAGAUGAAAUGAUGAAGUUCACAGAGACUUUACAAUGCCUCCUACAUCGCGAACAACCAACGAUAAACUUUCCAUCGAACUCCUCGACCCCAGGGUACCAUGCUUCCCAGGCAGUGUCAUCCACGGGCAUAUUGUACGGAAAGCCCCUCUGAAUACAACCUCAGCCACCGUUCGCGCACGCCUCCAAGGACGCGCCAAAGCAAAACUGGUCAAUGACAAUGGAAAUUCUAAGACCAUCUACCGCAGCCGCUUCCCAUUUUGGGGCGAGUCUGACGUUUCGGACACUGUACAUGAAGGCGCUAUCAACAUUGGCGCUGAAGAAAGCCUGUCCUGGCCAUUUUCGCUGAAGAUACCAACAGAUGUCAGCGAGACAACUGUAAACAGUUGUUUGAAAGAUAAGGAGAAGAGAAAUUACUUCAUCAAAGCGCCACUCAAGGCCGAUGCUGCCGCAGAGCUUCCUGGACAACCGCUACCAGGCACUUAUCACUACAGUAACAGCGGCUUCAGUAAGAAGUGGCACGGCUAUGUCGAGUUCUGGAUCGAAGCAACAGUUACUGUUAAGGGAGCCAAAGAGAGGAUAUGGAAGACUUUCCAAGCCACACUGCCAAUCAGAGUCAACUCGAAGCCGCCCCCUUGGCCGCCCAUUAGCGACUUUGAGUUGACUAAACGCGAGUUCCCAGGUUGCGUGAGCAGCCAUCGACUGGUUCCAGGCAUGGAACAAGUGGGACUCUCUUUCAAGCAGAAGACUCGGGAGUUGUUCUCCUCGUCAAAGGUGCCAACUUUCAAUUACACGGUCCAGAUGAUGUGUCCGGCGGCCAUACAACUUGGCAACCCAUCAGCCAUUCCUUUCACACUAAGCGCCAUUCCCAUCUGGGAGAAGACCUCUCAGGUGAUUGUGGACGUCCCACAAGUCAUGACAAUCAAGAGUGCCACGGUGGAAAUUGAGACAACCACGAGCAUCAUCUGUCCUGGUACAUUCAGCACCCACUUGGGCAGUAAAUCCAACCUUCCCUCUUACAUACUUUUCUUGGCGCGCACUGUUAGUGCGCGCGCGUGCACCACAUCAAAAUUGUUAAUAACCCCUUAACACACACAAACUACCUAAAUAUUAGCCCUUGAACACUAAGGGCCAGCAACCCUGCGGCCGCCGCUGCGGCCAGGCAUACGCCUAGCCUCAAGGGCAAUAUUAACUGUAUCUAGAGCAACAGUAGGCAAAGGUUCCUCUAUAAAGCAAAAGAGGCUAAUAGUAACCUCUAGCCUAACUAUAAUAAUAAUAACCUUAACACAAGAGGACUUUACUUGUAUAGCA